CCGUAUACAGUCAAUCCAUUGUAUGACCUCCCAGAAAAUUUUGCUCCCAGCCUUCCCGAGGGCAGAUCUGCUGAUGACUUCGUCAUCACAUUUGCUGUUAUAUUCCUGGACAACCCUGCCUUUUUCCUCGAAAUCGAACCCCCUGGUGAUGUCAAUGACAUCUCGGCCAGGAUCGCUGCGGACAACCAGAUGAGGGAAAGAUUUCGUAGCCUCGACCAAAUAACCACGGUACCACGACUCCAUGGCAUCAGUAUCAUGGGACAGAUGCUUGCUUUCUAUUACAUGGACAAAUCCAGUGGCUGCGUAGUCCCUGGACUUCCAACAGCAGAAGGCGAGGACUCGAUUCCAAUCAAUCGGUGGGAUUUGGAUAUCACGACGGAAGCCGGGCAUCGAGGUUUAUGGCGGUCUUGA